AUGGCCGCUCCCGCCAGCCGUCUGUGCCACAUCGCCUUCAGCGUGCCCGCGGGACAGCCCCUUGCCCGGGACCUGCAGCGCCUCUUCGGCUUCCAGCCCCUGGCGGCGCGGGAGGCGGAAGGCUGGCGGCAGGUGGCCCUGCGCAGUGGCGACGCGGUCUUUUUGGUGAACGAAGGCGCGGGGCCCGGGGAGCCUCUGUACGGCCUGGACACACGUCAUGCCGUGCCCAGCGCCACGAACCUGUGCUUCGAUGUGGCAGACGUGGGUGCCGCCGCCCUGGCACUGGCCUCGCGGGGCUGCCGCGUGCCAGUGCCCCCUGUCCGCGUGCGGGAUGCGCAGGGCGCCGCCACUUACGCCGUGGUCAGCUCGCCUGCCGGCAAUCUCAGCCUGACGGUGCUGGAGCGCGCUGGCUACCGCGGGCCCUUCCUGCCCGGCUUUGGGCCCGUGCCCUCCGUGCCCGGUCCCAGCUGGGUCAGCCACGUGGACCACCUGACCUUGGUCUGCACUCCCGGCAGCUCCCCUACGCUGAUGCGCUGGUUCCACGACUGCCUGGGCUUUUGCCACUUGCCUCUGAGCCCAGGUGAGGAUCCGGAGCUGGGCCUCGAGGUGGCAACAGGGUCUGGACGCGGAGGUCUGCGGCUGACCGCCCUGCAGGCCCCACCGGGCACCGUUGUCCCUACCCUCGUGCUGGCCGAGUCCCUGCGAGGGGCCACCAGCAGGCAGGACCAGGUGGAGCAGUUCCUGGCCAGGCAUCGGGGGCCUGGCCUGCAGCAUGUGGGGCUGUAUACGCCAAACAUCGUGGAGGCCACUGAGGGGGUGGCCAUGGCUGGGGGCCAGCUGCUGACUCCCCCUAAGGCAUACUACCAGCAGCCAGGCAAAGAGAGGCAGAUCCUAGAUGCAGGGCACAAGCCUAGCCUUCUGGCCCAACAGGGAAUCCUGCUGGAUGGUGAUAAAGGCAAGUUUCUGCUUCAGGUCUUCACAAAGUCCCUUUUUGCUGAGGACACCUUCUUCCUGGAGCUGAUUCAGAGGCAGGGGGCCACAGGUUUUGGCCAGGGCAACAUCAGGGCCCUGUGGCAGUCUGUGCAGGAGCAAGUUGCCAGGGGCCAGGAAGCCUGA